GAUUGCGGACGGUGGCGAGCUGGGCGGGAUGUGGCCGUCCAAAGAAGUUGGGUGGCAGGCGUCUGCCCUGUGCUUAUCUCCUCGGUCGCUCUGCUGGUUCGUCGCUUCAGAGGCCGGGGAGGUACGGGAGGGGGUGACGCGAGCGAUGAGAGGGGCAUCAAACUGAUGUCGGAGGGGCCAAUCCAAGAUGGCGGCGACAGCGCUCACCGAGGAUCAGCAUUACGGUCUGUCGUGUGGGAAAGCGAACCCCGGCAAAAUCACCGUUUUUCACGUUAAGUUGACAGAGACAGCCUUCCGAGCGCUAGAAGCCUUUCAGUUUUCAAAGAAUUCAUCUAUCCCUCAACCAACAAUCCAGUUCCAAGGACUUCAGGGGUUAAUAAAGAUUCCAAGAACAGAUGCCCACAACGACACACGAAAUUUUGACUUCUAUGUAUCCAAUGUCGGAAAAGAUAACCCUCAGGGAAGUUUUGAUUGUGUCCAGCAAUAUAUCUCCAGCGAUGAAGUUUCGGAAUUGGACUGCUUCGGAAGCAUACAAGAUAAAAUUACAAUAUGUGCAACAAAUGAUUCCUAUCAGACAACACGAGAACGUAUGACUCAGGCUGAAGAGGAAACCCGUAGUCGAAGUACCAAAGUUAUUAAACCUGGUGGACGAUACGUAGGUAAGCGAGUGCAGAUUCGUAAACCAGCACCAGGCAUCCCAGAUGCUGUACCUGAACGGAAACGGUCAACUCCCAUUAAUCCUGCAAGUACAAUAAGGAAGUGCAAUACAAACAACAGUGUUUCUCAACGAUCUUACAGGGAUAGGGUAAUCCACUUAUUAGUAUUAAAACCCUUCAAGAAACCAGAGCUUCUGGCCCGAUUACAGAAAGAUGGUGUCAGUCAGAAAGACAAGAACUCUCUUGGACCAAUUCUGCAACAGGUGGCUAACAUAAACCCAAAAGACAACUCCUAUACUGUGAAGGAUUUUGUGUACAAGGAAGUUCAGCGAGACUGGCCCGGUUACUCAGAAGAGGAUCGCCAGCUAUUUGACAGAGUGGUUUCCAGAAAAAGAUCUCAACUGCAGAAUUCUAGCAGCCAACUGGCAGAACCAGUUCCAUCAAACUCUCCCAAAGAUAGAGGAUCAGCAAGUCCACCAGAGAAGAGAUCUCUGCCAUCAGAUUUCAUUGACCCUUUAGCGAGCAAGAAGCCGAGAAUAUCGCACCUUACUAAUCGUGUACAGCCAACACUUAAUGGGCAUUUAAACUCCUCCAAUGAGAAGACUGUCACUAUUUCUGCUCCAGUUGCUCCUCCUCAAGCUCCUCCACCUGCACCACUUCCUGUGCCACUUCCGGUUUCUAUUGCUCACACUGUGAAUUCGAACUCCAAUUCCCCAUGCACACCAGAAAGAAGGGGAACUCAAGAUCUGCCAGUUGAAGCUCUUGGUCAAACUGGUGAAGGUUAUGAGGACCAGCAAGCAAAGCAUAUCUCUAGGACUACAUUGGAAAGCCCAUCUCAACAACUGGAGUGCUCUGAACUCAUCAGCAAAGACUGUUCUUCUCAUGCAAAGUCAAAAAAGAAAGCUAAAAAACAUAAAGACAAGGAAAGAGAUAAAGAGAAAAGGAAUAAGGAGAAGACGGAGGAUAGUGAAGAAUACAGAAAUGAAAUUGAGGAACAAAAACGCCUUGAAGAUGCCAAUUCAGAAAUGAAUAGCAAGUGCACUGGUUCCAGCAAUCCUAUGUUACCAACCAAAAAACCUGAUUACUUGAUCAAAUAUGCAGCCAUUAUGUCGCAUGAGCAGAGACAAAACUACAAAGAUGACUUCAAUGCAGAAUAUGGUGAAUAUCGAAAUCUGCAUGCUAGGUUAGAGAGAGUAACCAAGCGAUUUUUGCAGCUGGAUGCAGAACGGAAGCGCCUUUCUCCUAACACCGAAGAGUACAAGAUUAUUGAUGAGGAAGUUUUGCAAGAGUAUUGGAAAAUCACAAAGAAUAGUCCCAAUUACCAUGAAGAGAAACAUAGAUGUGAAUACCUGCACAACAAAUUGGCUCACAUCAAGAGACUAAUAGCAGAUUAUGACAAGCAACAGCUGCAAUCAUGGCAUUAGAACUCACUGGACAGUUUGCAAUAUUGUUCUAUGAUCAGAAGGAGAUCUAUAAUAACAUUAAAAGCUAAUAUAUUUUGAAUUUUUGAAACAUUUCAUUCUAGGAAUGGUAUCAAGAGAUUUCUGAAAGAUUUCAGAAGUUUCAUGAUUUUCUGUUACUUCCCUGAAGCACCUAAGCCACGCUGCCCUCACCCCACACUAAUUUCUUAUAAAACUAUACUCUUUGCUUUUGAACUACCAUCUUCCUUUUUACUGUUAUACCAAUAUUUGUUUAUCCAAACUGAUCAUAUUAGUCUCAGUACUUGGGCUCUUCUAUAAUCCCUUGAUUUGAUUUAUACUUUAACAAUUGAUAGCACUAACAGCAAACAAUGUAACAGUUAAAUAAACAAAGGUAUGUGGUACUUGCUACAUUCUGCUACUUUAAACACUUUGCCUUAAGUGGUUGAAUGUUCCCAAGGCAAUUUGCACAAAUAGUUUUCAAAAAAAAUUCUUAAAUAUUUGAAAAUGUUGGAAAGUAUGACAAGCACUACAAACUGCCUAUAAUUCUUUACACUGUGCUGCAAUUUCAAACCAUAUGCUAAAAAUGCAAAUAGUCAGCUCUUGUGCCCCUUGCCUUAAGGUGUUUCUUUAUGUAUAUUAGUAUAGUGACCAUUAGCUACACAUGGCUUCCUUCUAUCUUUUACAAUUGGGAAGGUAACUUUGACCUCCCCAAGAUGUGCAUGUGUGAAUGGGUGUGUCUCUGUAAAUGUGUGUAAAUGUAAUAUACAUCUUGAAGGGGAAGAGAGUGAGCUGCUCUCUGUAGCCAAAUGCUCAGGUCAAAAAAAAAACUGAUGAGUAUCAUUGUAGGUAUUUUCCUAUAAACGUACUACUCUCCAUGGAAAUGAAAGCCUUUCCAUUUUAAGUGAUUUAUCAGCUUUGUUAACAUGAAUGCAUUGCUACUGUGCAAAAUUUGAAAGAGAUCUUAUAGUUUUGGGGAAAUUAAGAUACUAACCUUCAUGUAGGAGACUUAUUUGUAUACUACUUUAAAGUAUUUUUGAAAACAAAUUAUAUACAAAAAAAGCAGUCACCUGCAUGUACUAGUUUAUUUAAAAUUUGUUCUCCUACAUGUCAGGAAUAUAACUAAAAACAGAUAUAUUUAAUUAUACUGUGACCAUCAAACAGCACAAAGAAAUCAUUUGAAUUUAUAAAGUGUCUCUGUACUUACCAGUGCAUUACAUUUCUGUUGGUAUAAUGCCUAUCAAUAAGAGAGUUAAUUUAUCAUGUGGGAACAUUAAGUUAUUUGGUUGGAAGAUGCGGGGUUUUGGAUAGAUAUUGAAACUAAUAAUCUGUGUAAUUUUUUUGUCUUUUUGAAAUGCUGCCAAGUGAAAAGGGAAGCAUAAUGUUUACAAAUGAAUGUUGGAAAGUUUGCCAAAUUGUUUGGUUGAAUCUUCAAUAAAUUCCUGUAUCUCCAGCUUCACUCCAAAUGCUGGUGUCAUCAAACAGUGCUGUAAACUGAAACUUGCUCUUCCUAUCUCAAACUAAUUCUAAACAUUCUAGCUUGGGUGUUAAUUAAGAUGAGAUCCCAGUGUUAUAUAUUUUCAUGGUAUUUUUGCAGUACUAAUCACUGGGAUUUACCAAGGACUAUAAACUUGAUUCACACUUCACAAUCAUUUAGAUUGGUUCUUUACCAGUUAUUCCCAUCUUUACUAAAGUUUUUUUAAUUAAGCCAAGAUUGUCUUCAUGAAGUACCCUUAAUUAUUACAUUAGCAUUGAUAAUGUUUGGGUAUUAAGUUAGCACUAAGUUUAAUUAAUAAAACCUUCUCCUGACUAGGGAUGUGUUCCAAUGGUAAAUCCUGUGCAUCGAUAGUGUUGGAUAGCAUUUGACAUCAAUGUAAUUUUAAAUAAAUUGGAUUCCAUUUUUAGCAUUUUGCUUUGUAUACCUCAUCGUCUUAAAUUUAAGUGAUGCUACUCAUUUGUAUUAGAUAUGAACAUCCUUCGAUGAAACAAGUUGUUCACCUAGUGUAAUAGUGUAACUUUUCAAGCUUUCUGGAAUUCUUUGGAGCCAUCCAAUCUGAAAUUGGCACUGUAAAUAAGUACAGAUUUGAGAUUUCCCAUUUUGCAGUCUCUAUUGGGUAUAGAUUGACUUCAAAACUAUUCCACUGCCCAGUUCGCAUUGCACCUGAAGAUGAAUUUUGAGCAUUAUUCAUCAUCACUCGAAACAACUUUCAUGUUUUGAGUCAUACUUGGGUACAAGACAUGAGAGCUUUUUUAAAAAAAAAGUUUCUAGUUUUGGCCCCUCUCCCAAAAAAUACUAAUUGAAUUCACAAGUAGUUUUCACAUAGUCACUAGGAAUAAGUGUCAAAUCACAGUUGGAGCCCUUUUGGGAGAAAUUGAAUUUUUGGAUGUGCUUAUCACUUUACUACUUGAGUACUACUGAAAUGUCAUUAUUGUUUUAUUUUGUAGUAUUCUAGUCAAGCCAAUAUGGCUUCACAGAGAUAUAUUUUGUUAGAUCUGUGGUAGUUUAUUUGAGAAGAUGAUGGUCUAUUUUUGGAGGGGCUUUUUUUUUUGCUGUAACCCGAAUCCUUUUCAUACUUGAAUCUUAUUUAUUUCAUCAGUUCCACUAAUGCUAAGAAUGUCCAUGAAGUUAAAGCCUUAUCUAUGUUCCUUAAUAUUCUCAAAGCUAAGGAACGCGACCAAUGCAGUACAAAUGCAUCCUCAUGCAUGGUGGCCUAAGGAAAAUUAUUUUUGUUUUUAGCAUAAUCUUGGAAUUUCUGAAUCUGGUUCUAAAUUUGGAUCCUGUAAAUAUCAAGUCACAUUCACAUCUGAAACCAAGAAGUUCUCUGAACACUUAUUCCUCAGUAACUAUACUAAAUUCCAAUUACGAAGUAAAUAAGCAUAGAGACCCACUGCAUAAAUGCCUAUCAGUAGUUUAAAAUUUUAGAAGUCCAGUUGUUUUAAAUGCAAACUGUUUACACCAAAGCUGCCUGCCUACAUUAAUGUUUUAUUUAGUAUCUGUACUCUAAACUAAAAAGCAUAGGUUUAAAAAAAAACCUUAAUUAUGGUUUUACAUGCUUAAAUUGAUCAUGCUUCAGAAUAAGCAGUAGAAUUGCAUGGAAAAUUUGGUAUUUUUAAUACUGCUUGAUUCAUGUAAUUUUAGGAAAGGUGUCAGUUGAAACACUAAAAUGAUUUACUCAUGGCUUUGAAGCAAGCAUUUACUAUUACAAGUGACUGUUUUAAAGUAAAGGUGUUGCAUUCAUUGAAGAUAUUGUUAUCAAGAGGUCCAGCUUUAUAUGUACAUAUAAAAUUUGGUUUUGAUUUGAAUUUUCACGUAUAAAAAUGUAGCAAUCAAAAUUUUCCAUUUAAGUGGUAAAUGGAUAUUAUUGUUCCAAAACUGCCUGAUUCUAUAUACGUUUUCAGGCAAUUUGCAAUCAACUUAAACAAGAGUAAUUGUUUUCAACAAUCGCAUAAGAUGCUUAUUAAUCGGGGGGACUUCUGUCCUACUCCAAAAUAUUGAUAGCUACUCCAGAAACUGAAUUACAAACACCUAGUCCUAGUAUAAAUGAUCACAAUAUUAAAUUCAAAGCUGUUAAUUAAUUUGUUAGCAGCUUUGUAUGUUAUUGGAUUGCUAGUAAAAUGAAAUUUCAUUCCUUGUAAAACCAAUAUGUUGGGAAAAUCAUAUCUUCCCUUCCAUUCUUCUAUUGUUGCCCUUUUUAUUAUCUAUCUUUCCUAUAAUCUUGGUAUUAGAGUGCCAAAUGGGCAGGUUUUUGCCUCGACACUUUGAAGCCUUUAGAUUAGCAGUUUAAUUGUUUCUCCUCUUCAUGUGUCCUUGAUUGCAGUUGAAGCCAGCAGUUCAAAUUGAUAUGGAAUAGUAGUUACAAAAGACAAAGAAUGGAAAUUAAAACAUCACUGGAGAGUGUUGUAUUCUCAGUAGUCUUUUGGCUAUUGUGAAUGUCUUUAGAUUUCCAAGUUACACAGUAAACUUUUACCAUCUAGUUAGGACCAUUGAAACUGGAAAUGCCACAGGACUGUUUUCACUAAUGAAAGUACAAGAUAAUAUUUGAGCCACCGUGUCCAUUCCACAUGUAAACUGUUAAUUUAAAUUACAUUAAAAUAUUGACUUUGCAUAUGA